AUGGCAGGAGCGCUAUUAAAGAAGCCGCCAAACCCACCAGAGCUUCCAAGGCAGCUGAUGGAAGCCGAAUACUCGGAUAUGUUCAGUGUGAAAAACCCAUUGGCGGUGGCGGAUUGUGUGAUACUCGACGAAUACCUUAAAAAGAAGGCUGAGCUGAAACCAUCGGACCAUAUAGUUAUUUCAGAAAAAAUAAUGGAGGAUGAGAAGAAGACAAAUCGCCUCAAAAUUGUUGCCAAAUACGAUGAAGGGCGAUUCGCGGCGAUUUAUUGCGUUCGAAAUGAGUCGGCUGUUGACGACAACGUCGUUUCAGUGAUGAACAAUUUGUUGAUGAUGAAAACGACGCUUCGCAAUGUUUCGAGUAAUCAAUCGCAUAACAGAAUUAUGAGAGAAGUGCGCUCGUUGAGAGCAAUCGCCCCGAAAGAAGACCUACCGAAGCGAAUUAAUCCGUUGUUGUUCGAAGGCCGCGUUUUAGGGGUCCCGUUUUUCGUUUCGGCUCUCAUGGACCCGAAUUUGGAGAAGUGUCGAGAGGAGAUGGGCGGCUAUGUCACACUUCCCUCAUGUUUUUUCAUUGCCCAAGAGAUUUUGAUGGGCAUCAAGGAUAUUCAUCGAAAGAAUUUUGUGCAUCGCGACAUCAAACCAACCAACAUUGUGCUCAAUCCGCUCAAUCGCAACCAAUGGUUCAUUGUGGAUUUUGGCGACUCGGUCGGCUACAAGCGGAUUUACGCACUCAGUCCGCCGGACGGCCUCACACUUCCAUUCUUGUCGCGUGAAGGCCACGAGGUGCUGAUCUCGAAGGCCCCGUCGACAUUCAUUCAAGACAUUGAAUCAUGGUUCUACAUUGUGAUUGAUCUCAUUAAACCGCUCGAAUGGAAAUCAAAGGUGAAUUGGGAGGACGUGAGAGCGGCGAAGAAGAAAUUCUGGGACGAGUUUGAGACGAUCCUAUCGAAUCCCGACUAUCCGCCAACGAUUUUGCAAAUUGCUCGAUUGGUGAAAGCCGGCAAACUGGAAUGCCCCUAUACGGAAGUUUCGGAUCUUCUUGCGGCCGGCUUCAAUCAUGCCAAGACCACAAUGCCUGAUUGGAAGCCGGAUUGGAUUAAUAGACAAGCUACUAAAGAAAUCAAUGACAAGCGGCCGAAGAAGGAAGAAGGGUCAGGCGAAAAGAUUGUUGAUAACAAAAUCGCGCAGCGUGUUCCAUCCGAGACCAGUGUCAAUGUUCAUGCCAACACCUCGGUCUAUGCCAUUGAUGUGAGCAAAAUUGAGCCCGUCAAAGAAAAGCCUGCUGUUGCCAAGAAGCAGAGCACAACAUUCCAAAAAUGCGCGAUUGCCACCAGUCGCACGAAAUCGGCGGCCAAUAUCAAUCGUUCGGUUUACCUCGAUUUUCCGGCAUCGCCAAUCGUGACGCCGCGCGUGAAGUCGCCGACGCCGCGGAAGAGGACCAACAAAAAGUGA